AUGAGAAUAGGUACACCUCUUCAAUUUGUUAGUUGGGUGAGAGCUUGUGUUACUUUGCCUAAGUUCUCUGUGAUGAUUAAUGGUUCCCUUGAAGGGUUUUUUUCCUGGUUCCAUGAUCGGUGUGAGCGUAUGGGCCUGACUCAUUUGGUGUUUGCAGACGAUUUGAUGAUUUUCUAUGCAGCGGAGAGAGAUUCUAUGGAGUUUGUGAGGCAAGUCCUGGUAGAAUUUGCAGGGCUGUUUGGGUCAGUUGCAAAUGUUGGGAAGACUUCCAUGUUUGUUGAGGGUGUGGAGUCUGGGGAGGUGGAGGAACUAACUGCGUUUAUGGGUUUCUCUCUUGGUUCGCUGCCUGUUAGGUAUCUGGAUUUACCUUUAUUGGUGGAUUGGUUGAGGGUUGUGGAUUGUGCACCUUUGAUUCAGAGAAUUACAACUCAUAUUAGAAGCUGGGCAGCGCGGUCCCUCUCCUUUGCUGGGAGGUUGCAGCUUGUUAGUUAUUUGUGGAAGGGUAGUGUGGCUAUUCGGAGUGAGGUUGGGAGGUCUUGGUGCUUGAAGGCUAUCUUGCGUAGUAGAGAUAGAUUCAAGCAUCUGGUUCGAUUGAUGGUCGGCGAUGAUCGAACUUAUUUUGUUUGGUGGGAUCUUUGGCUAUCGGAGGGUGCGAUUUUGGAUUCAUAUGGGUCUACGAUGGUUUAUGAUGUAGGGAGUAGUUUGGAGGCUCGGUUGUCGGAGUUCAUGGAUGGUGAGGGAGGUUGGAGGUGGCCCACAAUGUCUUGGGAGCUGCUUGAGAUCUGGGGUCUUAUUCAGGCAGUGAGGCCUAGGGUAAAGGGAGAGGAUUAUUGA